AUGUCGAUAGGCAUUUCUCUAGGGACGUUCCGCCAGGGUCCCUCACAAGCUGAAGUUUCUGGUAGACGAGCCUUUCUCGCAGGUGCAGCAGCACUGGCAGCGGUUCCUGUUGCAACUGAGCCGUGGAGGAUUAGAAGCUUCACGGAAUCUGGAGCUGCACAUGCAGCUGUUUUGCCAGGGCGAGUGGGGCAAGGGCCUCUGUUGGCUGCUGUGAGCGACGAUGACGAGGACACCAUCGUGACGCUUUUUGAGAACGCAACGGCGUCAGUGGUGGCUAUCAUGAAUGUGGAAGUGAAUGGCAGCAGCAAGGGGAAAGGAGGAGCUGGAGAGGAGGUCAUGGAAGGAAUCGGUUCCGGUUUUGUCUGGGAUGAAUACGGUCACAUUGUCACUAACUACCAUGUAGUUGCCAAGCUGGCGAGCGACACAUCUGGGCGGCAAGCUUGCAGAGUUUCACUACUCACCCCUUCAGGCGACAUGCAGACGUAUGCAGCUACUCUUGUCGGCACCGACCUGUCCAGAGACCUUGCUGUGCUCAAGGUAGACUUAUCGCAGCCUGUACCAGCAGCAGCGGAUGCAGGUGCAGCUGCAGACGGCGCAGUAGCGGUAGCAGCACCAGCAGCACCGACCCUGUACCCCAUUCCUGUGGGCUCGUCAUCGGACCUGAGGGUGGGCCAGAGCUGCUUUGCCAUUGGCAACCCUUAUGGUCUGCAGCACACACUCACGGCUGGGGUCAUCAGUGGGCUAGGCAGGGAGAUUCCAGCACCAACAGGUGCUGCUAUCAGGGGAGCUAUUCAGACUGAUGCUGCCAUCAAUGCAGGUAAUUCUGGUGGUCCGCUGCUCGACUCCUUCGGGCGAAUCAUCGGGGUAAACACUGCAACGUUCACUCGAUCAGGUUCUGGCUCGUCAUCUGGAGUCAACUUCGCCAUCCCAGUUGACACUUCUUGCAACAUGGCUGCCUCUCUCGCGCUCUCCGCCACCGCGGCUCCCCGCGCUGUAGUCCGUUGCUCCGCUGCGGAACCCGCUCCUUCCAGCCAAGCCGCUCCGGCUCAGGUCCGUGUGGCGUCGUCGGGGCUUCCGUCCUUCGCGAGGGUGUCCGCGGAGAACGCUGCGACGGCGAUCGACCCGUCUGCGACGUUCGCGAACGUGAUGUGGGCGAAGACGUACAACACGCAGAUUCUGGUGGGCGAGAGCGAGAGCACGGAGUCGGUCGUGCGACGGUUUAAGAAGGUGUGCAUGGAGGCGAACAUUGUGAACGAGUGUCGCAGGCGACGCUUCUUCGAGACGCAGCAGGACAUCAUCAAGCGCAAGCAGAAGGACGCCGCCAGGCAACGCAAGCGAUUCUCCCGUGCCUCGUCUGGCCCGCGCCCCUUCUUCAGUCGUGACCCGGCAGCGGCCAACAAAGCAGCAGCGGCUGCCAGCGACGAUGAUGACGACUUCUGGGAUGCCCAGGUCGAGCUGUAG